CUAAACAAACACCUUACCCACAACCGGCCUCCAUAGCUCGCACUUCAACAUGGAGAUGAACUACGAUGAACAGGAGCUCUCCGCCAUUGAGCGAGAGCUCAACGUCGAAAUUCUGCCUGGCACGGAGGUGAUGGCGGAUGUUGGAACGCACCAUUUCGUCAAGAGCACAGGCAAGAACCAUCGAGUCUUGGUUCCGCAGCCGUCAGAGGACCCCCAUGAUCCCCUCAACUGGUCGACAGCAUGGAAAAUCUCCACCAUUGUGGCGUCGAGUAUGGUCAGCUUUACUCAAGGGUUCGGUCCACUCUCUCUGGCACCCAUGUUUGGCGACUACAUCGAGGCGUUCCAUUGCUCUCUGGCAGAUGCAGUGCAGUUCACCGGUGUCGCUAUUCUUGUUCUUGGUUUCAGUAAUUUCAUUUGGGUCCCACUCAGCUCUACAUUCGGCCGUCGGCCCGUGUACAUUUUCUCCCAGUUGAUUUGCCUGGGUUCUGCCAUCUGGCGUGCCAGAGCUCAGACUUAUGGCUCUUUUAUGGGCGCUUGCGUUCUGAAUGGGAUCGGAGCUGGUCCUGCCGAGACCAUCCAGCCCGCUGUCAUUGCUGAUAUUUUCUUCCUCCACGAUCGUGGAAAGUGGAACACGCUCUACUGGGUUGUCUACAUGGGAUCUCUCAUGGUUGCGCCCAUAAUCUCGGGGUCGAUGGCGGAAAACGUGGGGUGGAGAAGUUUUUGGUGGUUCUACACCGCCCUGGUCGCCCUGUCGCUGAUCAUGGUCAUUUUCAUGUUCCCCGAGACGAAAUGGCACCGACAGCACCCGAAGGAGGUGAUCAGACACGCCAUUGCAGCCCAAGAAGCCAAACCCGAAGGCGCCGAGAAACAGUCGGAUGCUGUCCUUGAACAAGUGCCCACGGACAACGAACUGGCCCCUGUCGAAACCGCGGAGCGCGACCCUUGGCUCGGCCGUGGGAAACCAAGCAAAGCGCAAUGGGGCCUCUACACUCCCAACCCGGACCCGGUCAGGGCUAUCAUCCUCGACCUUUGGGUUCCGUGGAAGCUUUUCGCCUUCCCCAUUGUCGAACUGGCCGCCUUUAUCGUCAGCUGGAGCUGUUCGUCGUUCUUGACUCUCAACCUGACACAGACCCAAGCCUUCGCCGCGCCACCCUACAACUUCACCACCGAGCAAAUCGGCUUCACCAACUUCGCCAUUCUUGUGGGUGCCAUGAUUGGUUUGUUUACGGCCGGUCCGCUCUCCGAUUUGGUUGCCGCUCGCGCGACGGCGAGGAACAGGGGAAUCCGUGAGCCCGAAAUGCGUCUGCUCGCCCUGAUCCCGUACGUCAUCAUCAUGUACUUCGGAAACAUCAUUGUCAGCGUCGGCUAUGAGAACCAAUGGCCGUGGCAAGCCAUUGUCAUAAUCGGGUACACCUGCGCCGGUAUUCAGGUUGCUGCCAUUCCGGGCAUCGCCUCGACCUACGCUGUCGACAGCUACAAGCCCGUUGCGGGCAGCCUGUUUGUCGCCAUCACCGUCAACAAGAAUGUCUGGGGCUAUGGUUUCAGCAAGUUUAUCACGAACUGGAUCAUUGACGACGGCUAUAUCCCGCCAAUCAUGACCAAUGCAUCGUUGAUUCUGCUGUGGUGCUUGUGUGCCAUUAUAUUCUACUUCUACGGGAAGACCUUCCGACGAUGGACAAAGAACAGCAGUGUGCAUUCGAUGUAAGAAACCUUCGAGGACUAGGACAUUAUAAUGAGAGACUCUCGGGAUACACUGCUCUUGAUAUAGCAGCAGCUCUGGGAAAGAUCUCCCCGCUCUAGUAGUU